AUGUUGGAUAUCGGCAAGAGAUUUGUCGUAGUGCUUUUAAUUCUACCACUACUGUACGAGUUCAAUAACUCCGAGCGCAACCUUGGCAUUGGUAUGUAUUAUAUGAACUACACUGCCGGUCAAAGGUAUAAUUUCAGUGUAUUCAAUUACAAAUAUUACAGUGUGGACAAUAAAAUUGUAGUUUAUGUUGAGUUCGAACUAUAUGAAGGUGGUAAUUUCACGGCACACGUCAAACUUGAUAUGCUACGUGCUAACAAUAAAAAAAUGAAUUUGCUGAAUAUGGAGCAGGACGGCUGUAAGGUACUAAACGGCGUGCAUAGCAGUCGUUUGUUGAAAAUUAUCGCGAGUGAGAUUAUUCGAGUUGUCAACUUGCCGGCGAAGUGUCCGCUUUUAGCAAAUAAAUUAUACAUCGUCAAUAACUACACUUUGGAAGGGCAAUCACUUCCCUCAUUUAUACCGCCACUACACUGGGUUAUUCAAACAAAAUUUAAGGUUAACAAUAAAUACCUUGGUUAUAUGAUUCUUCAGGGCAAUAUUUUCAAACCUAAAACGGAUUCUACAAAGUUGAAGACUUGAAUAAAAGCUAUAUAUUUUUUAAUAUCAUAUCAACGAGUUUAUUUAAUCCAAAAUCUAGAAAAAAGAUAGACGAAGUUGUGUCCCGAUCAACCAAUGCGAUGAAGAGACAGCCCACGGAAAAUAAAUUUAA